UAUAUAAACGCAGAUUUUAGGGUAUUGGAAGCUCUCAAACUCUCUCUGCCGUGCAGCAAUACAUCUGCGGAGUUAGGGCAACUCGCCUCCUCCAGCCAUGGCCGUCGGUAAGAACAAGCGGAUUUCGAAGGGAAAGAAGGGAGGCAAGAAGAAAGCCACCGAUCCAUUUGCCAAGAAGGAUUGGUAUGAUAUCAAAGCACCUUCAGUUUUCACUGUUAAGAAUGUUGGAAAGACUCUUGUUACGCGUACGCAGGGUACCAAGAUUGCUUCUGAAGGUCUCAAACACAGAGUCUUCGAGGUCUCGUUGGCUGAUCUUCAGGAUGAUGAGGAGCACGCUUACAGGAAGAUUCGACUGAGAGCAGAAGAUGUUCAAGGGAGGAAUGUCCUGACAAAUUUCUGGGGAAUGAAUUUUACUACCGACAAGUUAAGGUCUUUAGUACGCAAGUGGCAUACUUUGAUUGAAGCUCAUGUCGAUGUCAAAACCACCGACAACUACACUCUUAGAAUGUUUUGCAUUGGGUUCACUAAGAGAAGGCCAAACCAAGUGAAAAGGACAUGCUACGCCCAAUCCAGUCAGAUCAGGCAGAUCCGUCGUAAGAUGAGAGAGAUCAUGGUAAACCAAGCAACCUCUUGCGAUUUGAAGGAAUUGGUUCGCAAGUUCAUUCCAGAGUCCAUCGGCAAGGAGAUUGAAAAGGCAACAUCCAGCAUCUACCCUCUUCAAAAUGUGUUUAUCCGGAAAGUAAAAAUUUUGAAAGCACCCAAAUUCGAUCUUGGAAAGUUGAUGGAGGUUCAUGGAGACUACUCAGAAGACGUUGGCGUGAAGGUUGAGAGACCUGCUGAUGAAGCUGCAGACGAGGGGCCUACCGAAAUUGUUGGAGCUUAAGUUCAGUUAUGUUGAAUUUCAUUUGAUCUGUUUUUGUUUAGUUUUGCCCCGCUUUGUCACAAACUUAGUUUUAACCCGCUUCUCGAUCUAGUCAGAGAGUUGGUUUUGAGGAUCGCAAUUUUGUGCUACCAAAUCCUUAGUUAAGAAUACUUUCAUUGAAUCAAUUUUA